AUGGUCGUGUCCGCUUUGCAGGAACCACCGAAUCAAUGUGUGGCCUGCAGCCUCGUUGGGUGGUUGAGUGAGGACGAAUUCGAUUGUGUUCACAUAGAGAACGUCGUCGAAGGGCUGGACGACCCGUUUGACGCUUUUACGACCGACAGAAACAGCUGCGAAUGGCGAACGUUCCUUGACUUGCAGCUGGGCGCGGGAAUGACGUCACGAAAUUCGAACUUCAGCUUUCGAUUGCCGAAAUGGCUGCAGUUGACGACGAUCCGGGACCUUGUGUUUUGUAUGGCAACAGACUGGCAGGACUGGGAGGAGGGUACCGGAUGA